AUGAAAAUCUUAAUAAUCGGUGGUGAUGGAUAUUGUGGAUGGGCAACUGCACUUUAUUUAUCGAAGAAAAAUCAUCAAAUAACAAUUAUUGAUAAUUUUAUUCGUCGACAAUGGGAUGAAGAACAUCAAUUAAAUUCACUUGUACCGAUUUCUUCACUUGAACAACGUGUUCAACAAUGGAAAGAUUUAACAGGAAAAACAAUUCAUAUAAUUAAUAUCGAUAUAACGAAUUACUCAUCGUUAUGUCAAAUUCUUAACUGUGAAGACAAAUUCGAUACUUUAAUUCAUUUUGCUCAACAACGUUCAGCCCCAUUUUCAAUGAUUGAUCACGAUCAUUCAAUUCGAACUCAUAUAAAUAAUACAGUUGGAAAUUUAAAUAUUUUAUGGGCAUUACACGACUAUUCACCUGAGACACAUUUAGUUAAACUAGGAACAAUGGGUGAAUAUGGAACACCAAAUAUUGAUAUCGAAGAAGGUUUUAUUCAAAUUGAAUAUAAAGGAAGAUCAGAUCGUUUACCAUUUCCCAAACAACCAGGAUCAUUUUAUCAUUUAACGAAAGUUUCCGAUAGUGAUCAAAUCAAUUUUGCGUGUAAAACUUGGAAUUUACGAGCAACAGAUUUGAAUCAAGGUGUUGUUUAUGGUUAUGAAACAGAUGAAAUCAAUUUAUCGGAAAUUUUAGCCAAUCGAUUCGAUUACGAUCAUAUUUUCGGAACUGUUCUCAAUCGAUUUUGUAUUCAAGUUGCACUUGGUCAUCCAUUGACUGUUUAUGGACAAGGUGGACAAACACGAUCAUUUAUUGAUAUUCGUGAUACAAUUCAAUGUAUUGAAAUAGCGUGUGAAAAACCAGCUCAACAAGGAGAAUAUCGAGUUUUCAAUCAAUUUACUCAAAUCUUUUCUGUUUUACAAUUAGCACAAAUGAUUUGUAAAGUUGCAAAUGAAUCUUUGAAUAUUCGUUGUCAAAUUCAACAUUUAAAUAAUCCGAGAAAAGAAAAAGAAAUUCAUUAUUAUAAUUCGAUUAAUACAAAUCUACUUUCAUUAGGUUUACAACCAACUCUUUUAACAGAUCAAACAAUUAUUUCAUUAAUUCAAUUAGCACAAAAAUAUCAACAUCGUGUUAAUCUUCAACUUAUUCCUCCACAAAUUCAAUGGAAAUCUCCAGAACAUCAGAAAUAA